AUGGGCGGCAUCACCUUCGGGUCGAGUGUGGCGAUCCAGAGCGUGCUCGCCUUGGUCGUCCUCUUCCUCGUAUCCGCCCGCUUCUACCUCAGGCUCGGCAUCCAGCGCAAACGGCCCGAGACCAGCGACUACUUCAUCCUCGUCGCCUGGGUGUGCGCGCUCGUCUCGUCGUCAGGCGACGUCCUCCUCCUCAGCAUGCGGUGGGAUUCGGCCCUCCUAAUGACGUUCGAAAAUUACGAGGGCAGCACCGAUGAGUUUGUUCUUUACCUAAAGUGCGCCUACGUCGCAACCUUCUUCUUCUACUCCGGCUUCUACUUGGCCAAGUUCGCCAUCCUGUCCGUGUACCUGCAGCUCUUCCCCCGGCACCUUAAAGCCAAACGACACCUGCUAUACGCUACGAUAGCAUAUAGCGUCGUGGGCUUCAUCGCGACCAUUUUGGUCUUGAUUCUAUCGUGCCUUCCGGUCGAACGAAACUGGUCGACCAUACCGGAAGAUGUCUGCUCAUUUAUAAUAGCCACUGAUAUCAUGUGGGGGAUUCACUUCUCCUCCUCCGUCUUGAGGAGUACAGUUUUCCUCCUGCCGUUCCUGAUUCUGAAGGGCAUGAAGAUGAAGACCUCGGUCAAGAUCGGCCUUUACGCCACGUUCGGCCUCGGAUUCAUCGACCUUGCAGUAGGAAGCUGCCUUCGCUACGUUUGGAUCCGCUGGUCAAUAACCAAUGUAACCUUGGCAGCCCUCGACUUGUACUGCGCUCUCGACCAGUAUAUCUGCCUGAUCAUCGCCUGCCUGCCGCCCCUUAGACCGUACCUGCGCGUCUUGCGCCUGGACGGCUCUACCGCCGCCUCGGGCACGGGGGGGAGCGGGAAGGCGGGAGGCCGGGCGUUUUCGGGCGCUACGGGGAGCGGGCAGCCGCAGCUGUCCAAGGCGUCGAGCUACCGCCACCACCGAAGGCAGCAGUCGCGCCUGUCGGCGAUCCCGGGAGACGUCGGGGCCGCGCGGCUGGCCAGCAUCGACGGGAUCGACGACGGUGUCGACGGCGGCAGCAGAGCGGGCGGGUACGGCUACGAGCUCAAGGACGUGCCGCAAGGCGCUGCGGCAGCCUCCCGGACGACCGAUGGGGAGAGCAUGUGGUCGUCCUCCAGCCUCCCUGACGGACCGACGCGCGGUGUGGCAGGGCCGCUGACGCGCCCGGGGGAGUAG